AUGACGGUUCAACAGCCAAUCAAUGAAUUAUGGUCAAUAGACUGCAAUGCAAUGUUUCAGAACUAUGCCAAUUUGCGUUCAUUCCCACGACAAAGCGAUGAACAGUCUACAAUUGGCGGAUUGGUGUUCGGACGCAAAUCGAGAAGACAGGUUGUUCACGUCUUUUUCGCCUACGCUGAAGACUUGAAUGAGUCGAAUCUUCAUUUUAUAACUAGCUCGUUGUCUGCUGAUAUCGAUUUGGUUGGAAAUGUGCAGGUAGAUGGGCAUUCGACCCUGAUUGGCGAGGGAUUUACACUUCAAUGCACGAUUGGAAUGCUUGAAUCUCAAGACACAUCGGCUUUCUUGGAUCUGAACAGCAUGUUCAACAAUGAGCAUGUUCUUCUCGAAGGUCUAUCACUGGUUAGCAAGAUUGGAUUCGAAUGGACACUUCGCGCUGGAAGAGAGGCGGAUGAUGCGAAAUUGGCUUGCGAUCGCCUCCAUGCGGCUUCUUUUAGAUUCUGCUACAUUAAUGCGGAGAAGCAACUGGUAAUCAAGGAGCACAAAGAGACCGAGAAGACUCUGAAAAUGCUCGAUGAAUAUUCUAAAGGCGCUGUUCCCCAUAGGAACCCUCUAGAGUUUGUUGGACUUCAAUCGUUGACACGCGAUACCAGCAAAGAUGUCGAGGAUCAGAAGCUUGUCCCAACGGUUAAAGUGAAUAGAGAUGGAAAACAUUACACGCGUUUGGUUGUUAUCACAGAAGUUGUUGGACCGGCAUUUUAUGGCGACGAUUCUUUCACCAUUUAUACUCGCAUGAGGGAAGCUUCCAAACGAAGGAUGACUAAUAUUAUGGUCAUUACUGUAAAUGGAAUUAGAAAAGGGCGCGGCGUUUUGCCGACCACUUCCGCCACAUUUUUGCCAGUUGGUUGGGCUUCAUUGCUCCAUUUGCAGCUGCCCACGAAGUGGACUGAAAACGAGCAAAGAUCCUACAGAAUUCGUUUGCAUAAACUGUUCAAUUUGCCAUCCUCGAAGCCUUGCCUUCGGCUGUCACAAGCUCUUUCACUCCACUCAGAAUCGGUUUCAAAGACUAAUCCGAAACUACUCAGAGAUCCACAUUUACACAUCCAGAACUAUAAGCCCGUUGGAGAUGUUACAACCGUUCGUGGAUCUUAUAAUUAUCAUCACUACAUGCAGGAUGGCAUUGAUGACUCUGGAUGGGGUUGUGCUUACCGAAGUUUUCAAACCAUUUUCAGUUGGCUUAUUUUGAAUGGCUACACCGAUAAGCCAGUUCCAACUCAUAGAGAAAUUCAGCAAGCUCUCGUCGAUGUUGGAGACAAAGAGAGCAAAUUUGUUGGAUCGAAGCAAUGGAUCGGAAGCACUGAGAUCAGCUUUGUGCUUAAUCAUCUCCUCGGAUUGGAAAGUAGAUUCAUUGCCACUAACUCAGGCGCAGAAGUUGUGGAGAAGGCCAGAGAAUUGGCAAGGCACUUCGAGACUGUUGGAUCACCGGUUAUGAUAGGUGGAAACAUGCUGGCCCACACAAUUCUCGGCGUUGAUUUUAAUGAAAAUACCGGCGAAACCAAGUUUCUUAUUCUUGAUCCUCAUUACACGGGAUCGGAAGAUAUCAAAACGAUCAUUUCGAAAGGGUGGUGCAAUUGGAAGCCGGCAAGCUUCUGGAAUGCCACCAGCUUCUACAACAUGGUCUUACCGCAGCCACCAACAGACUGCAUCUAA